GUAAACACACAGAAGUCAUUACCAGCUGAUCGCAGUGUGGCGGUGUACCUUCGCCUUUUUUUAAAAAAUCGCCUGAAAUAUAAACCAGAAAGAACAACUUAAAAAAAAACAGGAAAGAAGGAGGAGAAGGACUACCUCACCGACGUGUAUUAUGGAUGAGUUAGGAGACCGGAAUGGCUAUCUGGAACUGUCAAAUCAUCCCAUUAGAUUCGAGCCCGUGAGCAAAGUGACCAAUGUUUUCUUUGACGAUACGAGUAAGGAGGUUUUGAGUGUCAGAGCGGGUGGCACUUUAGGUGUGGUGGUGAGGGGCAUUGGGCGUGAUCACACAUUUCGCAUGGAAGAUCGUGGGACGAUCUCAUCUCUCAAGUUUUCACCAGACCACACAGUUCUUGCAGUACAACGCAACAAGAAUUCAGUGGAGUUAUUAAGUUAUAAUGAUGGAGAAAUUGGCUCUGGAUGUGUCCAAGAAUGCAGAGCUAAAGGAGCAAACCUUCUUGGUUUUAUAUGGACAAAUAAUGACGAUUUGGUGUUAGUUACGAACAGUGGAGUUGAGUUCUAUCAGAUUCAGUCCCCACCGCUUGAGGACCAAGCAGACAUCAGCAGUUAUGUCAUGAGUCUUCUCCCUGGCUGUUCCUGUGUCCAAGGUGGUGUUGAGCUGCCACCUCCCUCCCUCCAGGUUGCAAAAGACCGAGUUGCUGUUCGACACAUUAGGAGUUACAACAUUCCCUGCUCGUGGUUUGUCUGGAGCACCGAGUGUUGCCUCCUGUUGCUCUGCAUCGGGGCGGCACCCACCACCUCCACGCUCCAGCCUUUUACCUUCAAGCCUGGGCAGUCGAACAAGUUGGCUAAGUUUGAGGUGGAGGUGAGUAGUGGAAGCAGUACACAUUCGCAGGGAGUUACCCUAGGUGAACGGGAUGUCUGUGUCGGUGUCAUUUACGGCGCGGUGUCCAUCUGUGUGCUGCGUCAUCCGUCCACACCUACCAUUGCAGCACACCUGGACGUAUAUAGUCAGAAUAAAGAUGGAGUAUUUAGACGAAGCCACAUCUGCCGUUUAGAGUUGACGGGACGUUUUGCUGUUAACAUUGUUGAUAGUUUGAUCAUUGUUCAUCACCAGGCCUCAAAGACCUCUCUUCUGUUUGACAUUCAACUUGGUGGUGAAGUGAGUGGCGGUGUGACUUCAGUGUACCCUAUCACAGUCCCCCGUUCAGUCCAGCCGUUCUCCCUAGAGGAGCCCAGCGCCGUCCCGUCUACUACCGCCCAGCCUAUAUUAGUGCCGUGCGAACUUUAUGCGCCGACCUGGGUUGUCUUUCAGCCAGACAUUGUGAUAGACGCUCGCCUGGGAUGCAUGUGGCACCUGCAGCUUCGGCUAGACUGUCUGGCAAAGGUCAUGGAAGACAAGAGUCAGUUGGUCGACUCAUUGCUUAGGAGGCAGCAAGCAAAGCCACUGGUACUAUCAGUUGUGCGAGAAGCAGUGGAGACUGGGCAGUUAGGGGCAUUGGCGCAGAUAUUUGACAAAAUCAAUGCUGCUUAUCGACAGCACUUAAAUUCCAUCCUCCAGUCUCAGAUGGGAGAAUCCGUGAGUGCUCCGGCCUCGUCAGCCACAGCUCCCGAGAUCAAGGGUGUGGUUAUCGAGCAGGCGGAUAUAUACAGCAGCGUCCUGGCCCCACUCAUGGAGGAAGCUGAGAAGGGAGAAACCAGAUUAAAGGAGGGAGGAGAGGGAACCAGCCCUCCGUCUGUGUCUUCAAAACUGGUUGUAGGUGUGGUUAUCGAGUACAUCCGGUCACUAGGGGCCGUGGGAGUAACCGUGCAGCAUUUCCUCUACGAACUGGUUAUAAAUGCGCUCGUCAGAUCCAGGCAGUUUUACCAACUCCACCAACUUCUUCAGUAUCACGUUUUGGCUGAUUCAAAGCCCCUGGCCUGUUUACUUUUGUCUCUUGUGAGUGUUUACUCUGCCGGCAAACAACUCAGCCUCGACAUGCUCUGCCGCUUAAACACAGCUCAUGACGAGAUUAUCGAAGUCCUGCUCUCUCAACACCAGGUUAUUCCAGCCCUGAGAUAUGCCCGAAGUGUCGGCCUGGCGGAAACGGUCUCUGCUCGGAAAUUCCUCGAAGCUGCCAUGAUCUGUGGUGACUCAGACGUUUUCUACUCCACUUUCACUUUCUUUGGGCUCCGGAAUGCAAAGCUACGUGGAAGUUCAGCUUUUGCCAAAGGGGAACACUGUGAUAUGUAUGUAGAUCACUUCAAGAAACUGUUUGGUGAAAUUCCAGAUUAUACAAUACAACAGACCUAGUGAUACUCUGAGGCUAGUCUAAUGCAUUUUCAAACCUUUAAAAAAGGUUUCACAGAAUUUAAUUCAGUUCAGAAGUAAACAUAAAGAAUUAUAUUUAAAACCAUUCCCCUAAUAACAUUGUUAGAUACAAUCUGACCCAGUUUCUUCACAAGAGCAAAAUGCAUCAAAUAACCUUCAGUAUUCACAAUGGAGAUGAGAAUUUUGGUCGAAGUAAAUAGCAAAGAAAUUGUCUACUCACAGAAAGGUAAGAUUUUCUACUCAGGAAUAUGAAACUAUUAGUACCAAGAAGAUACAAAUUUCUGGUAUUUGCUAAUAAGUCGAAGCUGUUCAGGCCUUGUUGUUUGUAUAUAAGCAUAUGGAUUAUAAUGAGCUAUGGUAUCUGUCCACAUAAUUUGAAAUAUAUAUGUGUAUGUAUAUUAUAGAGGCAACAGUGAUUUCUUAGCUCAUUUCUUAAUCCAUGAUGAGGGUCUGUGCAGCUGUAUCUUUAAUGCUUUACUUAAUCUAUUGUUUUUAAAAAAGUGAGAUUCUUACUAUUCCUUUCUUUAGACAGUUUGUAGUUAUUGAUAAUGAAUAUAUAUAUAUAUACAUAUAUGUAUGCAUAUGAGAGAAUAUUGUCAGUCAUUGUAAACAUAAAUUUAUUUGUAUACAUCUAUAUUAUUAUUAAAAUAUGAUGUUGAUACUGCUUA